CUCUCUCUCUCUCCAAAACAAAAACCAAACCCAUUCUCUCUCUCUCUCUCUAAAAGCACUCUUCACACCAAGCUCAAAUGGCUUCUCUCACUCUCUCAACUCUUGGCUCAAGCAUUGGGACCUUGAAACUCUCCGGUGUUUCUCCUAAGAGAGUGAACCCAAGUCAUGGAAGCAUGCCUGUGAUAAAGGCAUCAAUGGCGGAAGAGAGCGAAAGCAACACGAGCCAAAGAAGGUCAGUGAUGCUGGCCUUGGCUGCCACUGCAAUGUGCUCAGCCAUGGCUCCACUGCAACAGGUGGCUCUCGCAGCUGAGGGUGACUUCAAGCGAGGGACACCGGAGGCCAAGAAAUACUAUGCACCUGUCUGUGUCACCAUGCCGACUGCUCGUAUUUGCCGCAAAUGAGGUUGGGGAUGAAAAUGUGAUGUUUUUAUUGUUUCUCUAAACUUUUCUAUGAGAAGAUCAAGAAUUCUUGGGACCUUUGAAUGCAUGAGUGCGUAUGCAUGUAGGUAUGUAUGUACUUAUGUAUGCAAUUGGGAAAUGCAAAUAUGGAGUUCAAGCAAGUUUUGAAUUGUUGUUUUAACUAAGCAAUGGGAUCGUGUGUGUUAGGAGUUUGUUUA